UAUCAACAAAACAUCUGUGGCUUAUCGUCGUUAUAUUUGUUAUUAUCAUAUUAAAUUAUCGCUCUUCGUAGGCAACACACCUAUUUUGUUACGCAAGUAAAGUAACGCAAUCAUUCAGCGUUUGGGCUUCUGCGACAGCGGGCGAUUAUACUUCUAAUGUUAAUUUAAUGUUUGAUAAACUAGAAAGAUGAAUAAUAUUAUAUUGCGACUACAAAACACAAAAAUAAUCUCAACAUCUAUAAGGAGUUUGUCGUUAUCAGCUUCUCUUAAUAAAAAUUAUUCAUGCAAACUGCUAGUGGUCGGCGGGGGAUCAGGAGGCUGCACUAUAGCCGCUAAAUUCACCAAAAGACUCAAAAAAGAUUCCGUCAUUGUUUUGGAACCUAGUUCUAAACACUACUACCAACCAUUGUUCACUCUGGUUGGUGCUGGUGUGAAACCAGUCUCAGCCACGUGCAGAUCUGAGGAGAGCGUGCUGCCUGCUGGCGCUAAAUGGCUACAGGAUUCCGCGCAGACCAUUGACGCUGAGAACUGUCGCGUCACCACCGCGAAUGGUGACGUCAUCAACUACGAGUACAUCGUUAUCGCUGUCGGCUUGAACAAUGACUAUAGCAAGGUGCCAGGUCUAAGCGAGGCUCUAAAGGACGAGAACAGCGGCGUAUCGACCAUAUUCGAUGCGGCGUACUGCGAGAAAACGUGGCGAGAUAUGCAGCGUUUUAAGGGUGGUAAUGCCAUCUUUACCUACCCCAAUUCACCCCUCAAGUGUCCCGGCGCGCCCCAGAAGAUAGCUUACCUCGCUGAUUCGUAUUUUACUAAGGCUAACGUGCGUUCAAAAACCAAGAUAAUGUACAACACUUUCCUGCCUGUGAUAUUCGGCGUCAAGAAGUACGCGGAUGUCCUGGUGAAGGUGGCGGAGAGGAAGAACAUUCAGGUCAACUACAAGACGGUACUAAAGCAACUCGACCACACCAAGAAGGAGGCGGUCUUCUACUGUACUAAGGAUACUGAUCAGUCCGACCCCCAAGAGUUGACAAUGGCAUACGACAUGUUGCACGUGGCGCCGCCCAUGUGCACGCCCGCGUUCCUCCGCAACAGCACGGGGAUAGUGGACGCGGCGGGAUUCCUCACUGUCCACAAGUAUACCUUGCAGCACGACAAGUAUCCCAACAUGUACGGCAUUGGAGACUGCACUAAUACUCCGAACAGCAAAACUGCCGCAGCUAUUGCAAAACAAAGCUACGUGUUAGAGCAGAAUUUAUUACAAACGAUGAAGAGAGACAAGCCGAGUGAGCAAUACAAUGGAUACGGCGCGUGUCCGCUCGUCACUUCAUACAAUACUUGUAUUAUCGCUGAGUUCAUAUAUGAUGGGAUACCAAGAGAAACUAUCUGUAAAGUGUUAAUAGUUGGAGGCGGGGCCGGCGGCUGCAGCAUAGCGUGGAGACUGGCAAGAAUUUUGAGAGGCAAAGACAUUAUUGUUUUAGAGCCAUCAGAGGUUCAUUUUUACCAGCCAAUGUUUUCUCUUGUCGGAGCUGGUAUAAAGCCCUUUUCCGACAGCCACAGACCUCUGAAGACGUUACUACCCGAGGAUGUCAUUUGGCUCAAAGACCACGCAGAACAAUUUGAUCCGAGUCACAACGUGGUGCAAACGCGUUGGGGCAAAAAGGUCCAUUACGAAUUUAUGGUACUGGCGAUCGGCUUAAAAAAUGACUAUGAUAAGAUUCCAGGUCUAGUGAAAGCAUUAGACGACCCCUCAAGUUGUGUGAACUCGACUUACAGUGCCAAAUACUGUGAGAAGACGUGGCGCUGCGUGCAAGGCUUUACGGGCGGCCACGCGUUAUUUACCUUCCCGAGACAAGUCGGCAAAUGUUCUGGCGCUGCGCUUAAGAUUAUGUUCCUCGCUGAUGAUUACUGGAGGCAGCAAAAACUUAAAGAGAGGACAAAUAUCACAUUUGUAACGGGCGGUGAUGUACUAUUCGGAGUACAGAAGUACUCCACGGCGCUCAACAAAAUAACUGCAUAUAAAAAUAUAGCUGUCAAUCGCAGCAUAGAUUUAAUGGAGCUAACACCGAGAGGUGCUACUUUCAUCACUGAUAAUGGACAGUGCAUAACCUUCCCAUAUAACUUCUUACACGUGACUCCGCCCAUGUCUCCGCCCACCUGUCUGGCUGCGUGCACGCAACUGAUCGCCAACGAAGGCUAUUUGAAUGUCGAUAAAUACACCCUGCAGCACAAGUUGUACCCCAAUAUUUACGGUGUAGGGGACUGUAUCAAUACUCCUAACAGUAAAACUGCUGCUGCUGUUGCUCGUCAAAGUUACGUAGUUGCACGUAAUUUACUAAAAACAAUAGAGGGUAAGCCUCCAGUUGUUAAAUACGAAGGUUACGGCGCGUGUCCUGUGAUGACGUCAUAUGUCAGAGGCAUACUCGCUGAAUCUGUUUAUGACAAGAAACCUUACGAGACGUUCCCUUUCGAUCAAAGCAAUGAACACAAACUCAUCGGUUUUUUGACCAAAACCUAUCUACCAUAUAUGUAUUGGAACAGACUAAUAAAAGGCAAGUGGAACGGACCUUUAACAUUACGUAAAAUAAUCAACCCUUUAAGUAAAUAAACAACCAUGUGAGAU